AUGGACGGUCUAAAAAAAGUAGUGGCAUACAAAGCAGUUGAUGAAUAUGUCCAAUCUAACAUGACAAUUGGACUUGGGACAGGGUCUACCGUUUUUUAUGUCCUUGAAAGAAUUGAAACAUUAAUGAAAAAUGGAAAAAUAAAAAAUUUAGUAUGUGUUCCAACCAGUAUAGAUACUGAAAUGAAGGCAAAAAGCUUAGGAAUUCCUUUGACCGGCUUAACGAAAAAUUUAAAGAUUGAUAUAGCAAUAGAUGGCGCUGAUGAAGUAGACAACAACUUAAAUUUAAUAAAGGGACGAGGUGGCGCACUUGUUCGGGAAAAACUAGUUGCAGCAAAUACCGCUUGCUUUAUAGUUAUCGUCGAUGAAUCAAAAAUGUGCCAAGACGGACUAGGAACAACGGGAGCUGUGCCCAUCGAAAUUUUGUCUUUUGGUCAUGAAAUGAUAAUUGAAAGUUUAUUAAAAAUAUCAGCUCUUAAAAAUUGUACAUAUAAAUUAAGAGAGAAAGAUGGAAAAAUAUUCAUAACUGAUAAUAAUAAUUAUAUUGUUGAUUUUUUUUUUGAAAAUCCGAUUGAAAAUUUGGUGCAAACAUGUGAGCAAAUUAAAAUGACAACUGGGGUUGUAGAUCACGGUAUUUUUGCCAACAUGACGAGCAUUGUCUUAAUAAGCAAAGCCGAUGGAACAAUUUUAACAUUAAACAAAAAUAAAGGAAUAAAUUAG